GGGAGGCAAAAGCUCUUAGGUGACGUUAAUCGGUACUUUCAGUUGGCUCCAAAAUAGAUAUUUUAGUUUAUUGAUUGUGAUUCUGGCAACUGGAAGCUCCGGCCCCAGUCUUGUACCUUGCGGUCCUUGCCUAUCGACUCUCACCGUGAACUCAGAGAGCAUACUUUGUCAUUGGUACACAGCUCCAGCAACUCCAAUCUGUUGGCAGAAACCCUUGGCGUCCCGGUCCCGGAGUCAUGGCCGGAGCUCUAACUCUCUCGCAAUUCUCGGUUUUUGGGUCUCUUUCAUUGCCUAAAAGAGUAACCCGUAGCACGGUAUCCAUUAGAGCGACUUCGGAAACCACUCCGUCCACUUCCGCUUCUGUGAGCACGACAGAAGACCCGAAACCGGAUUCUCCGGCCUCAUCGUCCACGUUUGCUCCUCCACCCAAUUUCAAGCCUCCUGAGCCUCAGCGCUUUGGCGUGAGACCUGACAAGACUAAUGACGUGUUUGGAGCUGCGCUUCCCUUGUUCCUUCGCUUUGGUACUGGAGUUUUCGCUUCUGGGUAUUCUUUUUCCUUCAUUCCUAAGGAUGAAUUUCCACCUGAUCAGUAUGCUUUGGAAGUUUCUGGGUACAAGGUAAAAGAAACAGCGAAGUUAGGCCCUCGCCCAGAGAAGCCUAUAGAGAUAUAUGAAUUUGAGAGCUGUCCAUUUUGCCGAAAGGUCAGAGAAUUUGUCGCUAUUUUGGACAUUGAUGUUCUUUUCUAUCCAUGUCCUAGAAAUGGACCCAAUUUUCGCCCGAAGGUUGCUCAGAUGGGUGGAAAACAGCAAUUCCCCUACAUGGUGGAUCCAAACACAGGCGUUUCAAUGUAUGAAUCAGAUGGGAUAAUCAAAUACUUGGCUGAGAAAUACGGAGAUGGAAGUAUUCCACUCACUUUAUCUCUUGGAUUAUUUACGACACUUACUGCUGGCUUAGGUAUGCUUGGUCGCAGGGGAAAGGGUAGCUCUUAUACUCCUGCAAUAUUACCUCCAGAGCCACUAAAACUAUGGGCAUACGAGGGUUCACCUUUCUGCAAACUUGUGCGUGAAGUACUUGUAGAGUUGGAGCUGCCCCACAUACAAAUCACUUGUUCUCGAGGUAGCCCAAAACGACAGAUACUAUUAGAAAAGACUGGGCAUUUCCAGGUGCCCUAUUUGGAUGAUCCGAACACUGGGAUAGGAAUGUAUGAGAGUGCAGAGAUUAUAGAGUAUCUAAGAGCAACUUAUGCUCUUCAGUAAAUCAUGUUUGCAGAGGCUCAUGAACGUGAAGUCAUGUAGCUCGAUCAAGACAAAUUGUCAAAAUUGGAGGCUUUCACUUUGUUGACUGACAGCGGGAUUACUCUAGGGCUUGUUUGGUUUGUUGAAGGAAUGGGAAAAGCCGAAGGGAGAAGGAAAAAUCUGUAUUAUUUAUUUUUUGUUAUUAUUCAAUAGGUUUUAUCUGUUCUUAAUACCUUUUGGAGAUAAUAGAACGAACGAACGGCAUUUAGUUGAAGUUUGAUAGUUUGAUAGUUUCAUACUACUUUUGAAACAACGUUUUGAAUUGCAUAUGGAAAGAAAAGACAGUUAGUUAUGGGGAGGAUGAUUAUAUAUUUUGAUACCUCUUGAAGAAGUGCAUAAGUUGUAAAAGGAGAAUAGUUUUGUGUUUACAGUGUA